AUCCAGUACUUAAAACAAGUUAGUCAAAGCAACCUAACGGAUACCAAAAUUAAAACCAGUAUCGUUAAGAUCAGUUCUAAUUUAAAAGAAUGGCAAAAGUGAUGCAACUUUAUUAUUUUUUCCCCUUAAAUACUGGGAGAUUGCACGGGGAGAAAGGGAUUUCCGUCCCGGACCACGGCUUCUGCCAGCCCAUUUCGAUCCCUCUCUGCACGGACAUCGCCUACAACCAGACCAUUCUGCCCAACCUCCUGGGCCACACCAACCAAGAGGACGCCGGGCUGGAAGUCCAUCAGUUCUACCCGCUGGUGAAAGUGCAGUGCUCGCCGGAGCUGCGCUUCUUCCUGUGCUCCAUGUACGCGCCCGUCUGCACCGUCUUGGAACAGGCCAUCCCGCCCUGCCGAUCCCUGUGCGAGCGGGCGCGCCAAGGCUGCGAGGCCCUGAUGAACAAGUUUGGCUUCCAGUGGCCCGAGCGACUCCGCUGCGAAAACUUCCCCGUCCACGGCGCAGGUGAGAUCUGCGUGGGGCAGAAUACUUCGGACACUUCGGGAGCGGGCGGAGGGGGCCCCGGAAGUGCCACCGUCUAUCCCACCCCGUAUCUGCCCGAUACCCACUCUCACCCCCUGCGCCCCACCGGCUCUGGCUUCUCCUGCCCACGGCAGCUCAAAGUGCCCCCGUACCUGGGCUACCGCUUUUUGGGUGAGAGAGACUGUGGUGCCCCUUGUGAACCAGAACUCCCCAAUGGGCUGAUGUACUUCAAGGAGGCGGAGGUUCGCUUUGCCCGUCUGCUGGUAGGCAUCUGGUCAGUCCUAUGCUGUGCCUCCACCCUCUUCACUGUCCUGACCUACCUGGUGGACAUGAGACGCUUCAGCUACCCUGAGCGACCCAUCAUCUUCCUCUCUGGCUGCUAUUUCAUGGUGGCAGUGGCCUAUGUGGCUGGCUUCCUGCUGGAGGACAAAGUGGUCUGUGUGGAACGUUUUUCAGAAGACGGCUACCGCACUGUGGUGCAGGGCACCAAGAAAGAAGGGUGCACCAUCCUUUUCAUGAUCCUCUACUUUUUUGGCAUGGCCAGUUCCAUCUGGUGGGUGAUCCUCUCCCUCACCUGGUUCCUUGCUGCUGGCAUGAAGUGGGGCCACGAGGCCAUUGAGGCCAAUUCCCAGUACUUUCAUCUGGCUGCCUGGGCCGUGCCUGCCAUCAAGACCAUCACCAUCUUAGCCAUGGGACAGGUGGACGGGGACGUGCUCAGUGGAGUCUGUUACGUGGGCAUCUACAGUGUAGACGCACUGCGGGGCUUUGUCUUGGCCCCACUCUUUGUCUACCUCUUCAUUGGCACCUCCUUCCUCCUGGCUGGCUUUGUGUCCCUCUUCCGUAUACGGACCAUCAUGAAACAUGAUGGCACCAAAACCGAAAAGCUGGAGAAGCUCAUGGUGAGGAUUGGCAUUUUUAGUGUCCUCUACACAGUGCCUGCCACCAUUGUGUUGGCUUGCUACUUCUAUGAGCAGGCCUUCCGGGACACAUGGGAGAAAACCUGGCUCCUGCAGAGCUGCAAAAGCUAUGCCAUUGCUUGCCCCACCAACUUUGCCCCAAUGAGCCCGGACUUCACUGUCUUUUUGAUCAAGUAUCUUAUGACCAUGAUUGUGGGCAUCACGACUGGCUUCUGGAUUUGGACUGGCAAAACUCUCCAGUCUUGGAGGCGCUUUUACCACAGACUCAGCACAGGAAGCAAAGGGGAGACUGCUGUAUGAGGGUCCCUUGGCUUCUUCUCCCCUUGUAUUGCAAGGAACAAGGGCUUGGACCAUUGUUCCUUCAAACUACCUUUGCUUCUCACCAAGAGACCAUCUCUAGACUGUGCUUCGGGGCAGUAAAUAUCUUAUCCUCUGAGAAUUUGCUUAUUCCCCCCCC